UGAAAGGGGCCAACGCCGAGCUGCCGAGCUGGGGCCUGCUCCUGCGGGAUUACGACAUGGAGGAGCCCUGGCCGGGCAGCCACAGCUGACCCAGGUGGCCCCGUCACACGUGGUGGAUGAGAAGAUCCCGCGGCUCCGGUGCCAGAUGUCAGAGAGUGACAUUGCCACCCAUGUGCUAUCCUGGUACCACCAGGCCCCCGGGCAGGGCCCCACCUUCCUUCUGAGCCAUCGAGCGGGGGAAAGCAAGCCCACAUAUGGGACCGGAGUGUCAGAGCGCUUCAUUGCCGACUUGGAGCGGGACACCAACACCUUCAGCCUCACCAUUGGCAACGUGAACCCUGCCGAUGCCGGCACCUACUACUGCGCCGUCUGGUACGCCAACCAGUACCUCUUUGGAGAGGGCACCCGCCUCAUCCUGGGAGGUGACACUAGGAAGAAGCGUGCGCCGGAAGUGGCACUGCUGGGCCCAGUGCGGGUGGCGCACCCAGCCUUCCUGUGCCUGGCCUGGGGGUUCUCCCCGGAGCCAAUCCGGGUGCACUGGCAGGUGGAUGGGCAGGAUCCGGGCUCUGGGGAGGCAUCCCUGCCAGUGAAGAGCCAGGAUGGGACCAGCACUGUCAGCCUGCUCAGCCUCCCUGCACAGACCUGGUUGGCUGGAGCCCAAGUAACCUGCCGGGUGGAACACGAGACUCAGGUCCAGCAGAGCAGCAGUGAGAUCAAGGGGGCUGGACGCCAAGGUUGCUCAGUAUCUGCCGGAGACCCCCUCCUGCUGCCUGACCCUUUCAGCAAUGGCACAGCAGGGAGCACCGCCCCCCAGAGCACUGGAGCCCCAAGCCUGGGCCGGAUCCUCCUGACAGCCUGGCGCUGCUACCUGGGGUUAUUGGCUGCCAGCUGCUUCUACAGCCUGGGGCUCUCCUUCCUCAUGGGGCUGCAGGGGUGCAGGAAGAAUCAAGGACCCCAGAGUUCGGUGGCAGCCCCAUGCCCCCAAGAAGCCCAGCAGAGAGUGCCCCAGAGGAGAACUGGCAAGGACCGCGGCUUGGAAUGAAACCUCAGUCCCCCUUCAUCUCUCCCACCUCCGCUGAGAACCUGGAACCCCCAAACUCCCUGCCUGGGCACCUGGAACCCCGAACCCCCAGCCUGGGA